AUGACAGAUAAAGAAGAAAAUGUUAUCUCAGAAGAAUCAUUAAAUACAGAAACUAAAAAAGUUACAAAUAAAAGAUCCAGAGAUGAAGAAAUGGACGAAGUUGAAGAAGAUGGUGGUAAUGUUAAAAAGACAUCAUUCCCACAAAUUACUAUAGAGGAUACUGCCGAUGAACAAAUUAGAAAGGUCACUAUACCAUUUAACAGAAUUGCACCAUUAAAAGCCAACUGGCAACAAAUUUACGAACCAAUCGUUACACAUCUUAAAUUACAAAUUAGAAUGAACACAAAAACAAGAAAAGUAGAAAUUAAAACAUCAAAAUCAACUAAAGAAACCUCAUCACUUCAAAAAGCUGCUGAUUUUGUUCACGCAUUUUCACUUGGUUUCGAUGUUAAUGAUGCUGUUGCAAUUUUAAGAUUAGACGAUUUAUAUAUAGAUUCAUUUGACGUUGAAGAUGUCAAAAUUUUAAAGGGUGAUAAUUUAUCUCGUGCUAUUGGUCGUGUUGCUGGUAAAGAUGGUAAAACCAAAUUCACAAUCGAAAAUGUUACAAAAACUAGAAUUGUUUUAGCUGAUAAACGUAUUCAUAUUUUAGGUUCAUAUUCAAAUAUCAGAGUUGCUAAAGAUGCAAUUUGUGAUUUAAUUAUUGGUUCACCACCAGGUAAAGUUUAUGCCAAGUUAAGAACUGUUGCUAGUCGUAUUAGCGAAAGAUUCUAG